AUGGCGUGGCGACCUGCAGGUGUAAAUAAAGCUUCAAACAAAUCCCAUGUUUCUCGCCACACAAAAUCGUCGUCGUCAUCAUUACCAUUAUCAUCAUCAUCAUCAUCAUCCUGUUCUCCGACGCUUCAAAUAUUAGCUUUCGAGACAGCCAAAUGUAUGGUCCGUCUUGUCGCCCUUUACAAAUCAUUAUCGGACGAUGAAUUCCAUAGACUUCGUAAUGGUAUCAUGAAAUCCCCAGGCGUUGUCACUUUGAACUCCGAUGACGAAACCUAUCUCCUUAGCCUUGCAUGUGAAGAGAUGCUCGAGAAUCUCGACCAAGCAGCCGCUAUUGUCUCUCGUUUGGGAAAGAAAUGUAUCGAUGUCGAACUCAAUAGGUUUGACAUCGCUUAUCAUAACAUGAAACAAGGGAUCAUUGAUGCAAGAACCCUCGAUUUUAACACCGAACAUGUUGUGAAAGCCAUUGAUCAAAUGGAGAAAUAUGUAUGUUCGACGUCUGUUUUAUAUGCAUCUUUGGUAGGCGUCGAUGAAAUGGAGAUAUCGAAAAGAAAGAAAUGGAGACGAAAUAGUGGGUCCAAAAUUGAUUAUUUCAACGAAGAAAUAUCUUCACGAAGAAAACAAGUUCUUCAUUUCCGAAAGAUUUCUCUUUGGAAUCAAACAUUCGAUAAAAUCGUUGCAUUAAUGGCACAAAUUGUAGCAGUCAUUUUCGUUAGAAUAUGUACCGUUUUCGAACCUUUUGUUUCAAGCCUUCCUUGUAUCACCACCAAGAAUCGAAAUUUCAAUAGGCUACAUUAUAAUUCAAACCCAAAAUCACCUAAAGGCGUAACUUUUCGUCUUUCAUCCAUCACAAAAAUCGAUAAAUUCAUCACCAAAAUCAGAUACAUGGAUGUAAAAACUGAAAAGAACCAAAUGCUUGUCCAAUCGGCACCGGAGAACACGGUGGGAGCGGCGGGGCUUGCUCUUCGUUACGCUAACGUAAUAAUCAUGGCCGAAGCCUAUUUUUAUUCCUCGAAGAUGAUCACCAACGAUGCUAGGGGGUACAUGUUCGAGAUGUUGCCGAUGAAUUUGAAGCAAAUGUUGAGAGGUAAGCUUAAGAGCCAUUGGCACAAAGAUGCCGAAGCCCGUGAAGGGCAGCAAGGUGUAGCCGAAGGGUGGAAAGCAGCAUUGGAAGAGAUAUUCGAGUGGUUGGCUCCGGUGGCGCACGAUACAAUGCAGUGGCAACAAGAGAGGAACUUAGAGCAACGAAACUUGGAUGCGAAGCCGACGGUUUUGUUACUGCAAACAUUACAUUUCUCGGAUUUGGAGAGAACGGAGACUGCCAUUGUGGAGAUUUUGGUAGGGUUGAGUUGUAUAUAUAGAUAUGAGAAUAGAGGAAAAAGAGGAGGCAUUUGCUAG